CGAAACAUGUCAAGAAUUUCAUCACUGCAAACUUUCAUGUUCUAACAAACCCAUCUGUGUACCAACAAACAACUGUCGAAUAGAAUGGAAAAAUGGGCCUGGAACGUUAAAUAAUGUGGAUAUAAGUGAAAACAUGACGUUAGAUAGAGAGGGAAACCUUCAUUUUCUAAACAUCAACCUAUCUUACGGAGCAAAAGAUUAUUACUGUGGUGUUUGGAAUGACAACGAACAAAUAUUUCGGAAGGGAAAUUUAUUGAAUCUUAUUGUACAGGAUUCUGCUGACAGUUUUGUUCCUCCUCGAGCUGUUUAUCACAGUGGGUAUAAAGCUUAUCCUGGAGAGAAUGCCACCCUGCAGUGUAUUUUUUCUGGAAAUCCGGUUUUGGAAGUAACAUGGCAGACUAGAAAUGGAUCUCACAUCGUAGAGAAUCAUAGAUACAGUAUCCGUCAUGGUGGAAAAGAGCUUCACAUAAGGAAUGCAACAUUUAAAGAUGAUGAGGUUUAUAAAUGUGUAUCUAAUGACAACAUACAAAAUCCAUAUCUUAAUGUCACAGCCUACCCAUUUUUUCCUAGCGUUCACAAACGUUUUAUGAUGAAAAUCGACAAAUUUACAAUAAACAGGAGUACGGAAAUAAUGUGCAAUGCAAUAUCUGCACCAGAUGAAAUGGAACCAGUUGUGAUCAUGUGGAUGAAAAAUGGAAAGAAAUUAAAUCAAGAAUCUCGUUAUCAACUCUCAGACGAUAAAAAGAAAUUACACAUUUACAAAACAAAGUUAGAAGACGCCGGAUGUUAUACAUGUGUUGUAGAAAAUAGUGAAGGAACUGCAGUAGCCAAUUUUUUACUACACGAUAGUUAUACAGUUCCGUCACCUGACCAAAUGCCACGUAGACCUCUGAUAAUCAAAAUAUUACCUCUAAUUUGUAUAGCUGCGAUAUUCUUAUUGAUUGCAUCUAUGAUCAGCACAAAGAAAAUUCGACAGAUUACAAAAAACAAACAACGACUACACGUAGAAAGAGAAGGUGAUGGAAGAUUUUCGGGCGCAAUAGUUAAUGUGUAUAGUGAGCCUGAUCCAGAAAAUCAAGACCAUUUACACAUUGAACGUGUAAGUGACUUGAACGCAAGUUCAGAAGGAGAUUUAUGGUCUGAAGUUGUUGAUACUGAAAACAUCUAUGACAUUUUAGGAGAUUUUUCUGCAGUGGUUGCUGACUCUUCCGAACUACGCUCCUAUGAUUGUAUGGAAAAUAUCCAGGGGAUUUAUAAUACGAGUUACAGAGCAAAUGUUCAAACAUUCAAAGACGCAAUCAAAGGACCUGAAACAAUGGGACAAAGAGAGAGUGUUGAAAUUUCAAGAAAUUCUUUCCCCAUGAUGACUGGUGAAAACAUUUCAGAAUGUAGAAUUCUUGUUAACUCCGAAGAAUAUUGCGAAAUCAACUUCAAUGAAAAAGACUUAUUUGAUGACGAAUCGAACGACACAUUAAAAGUGGCCGCGUCAGAAACAAAUAAUAAAUCGGAUGAUGCGUUGGAUAAAACAGAGGGUAUUUCGUCACAAAAUUCCGAAUCAUAUGGUUGUAAUUAAUAGGAAAAAAAUUUCAAAGGAAUCUACCAAAUUUGUAUCACCAUUGUUAAAUACUGUAAAAAUACAAAGAGAACUUUCGUCAUCCAGACAUGAACAUCGAAAUACGGUUAUACAGAAACCGUCCAUGAUAACUACCAGUUCUAGAGAAAGAAUUGACACACUGUAUAGAAACGAAAAGGAAAUUGUAUUGGCAUCUUUGAAAUCAUUUCAUGAUUACAUGUAACUCCGCCUGAGUUCACGGAUAAAAUCUUCAUGAUAGAUUUCAUGCCACCAUGGUGCUACCAUUCAUUUGUGACUUUUCUUUUACAUUUAUCUCUAUAUGCGUCUUGAACGCAACAUAUUGUUAUGAUUUCUUAACAUAAAGAAUUUUUAAUGCAUGUUAUAUACUUGGUAUCU